AUGUAUUUUUACUAUGAUGAUAGUAUUAUAGGAUCUCCAUUGUUAGAAAUAGAAUUUCAGGAGAAUAUCGACUACCUUGAAUAUUCACCGUCUAAUAGAAAAGAUCACUAUUUAAACAACAACAUAAAUUUAUUUCAAUUUAGAAAAUAUUUAAAGUCUUCAGAUUACAAACAUAAUAAUGAAUACCUUUAUAAUAGACUUAGAAAUAUAUCAUGGAGAAGAAUAAAUAAAAAUCUUUAUAAUCUUGAUGAAAUAAAUCCACUUUGUAUAAAUUGGGAUAAAAAUUCAGAUAUUACUUGGUUAUUUGGUCCAAAAAUUAUAAAUAAUAAGCUUAUAAAAGAAGAACAAUUAGAACAAGAAGAAGAAGAGGAAGAAGAAGAGGAAGAAGAGGAAAUUAAACAAGGUUUUAAAAAUUAUAGAUUUUUCAGUCAGGAUAAUUGUUCAAUGGAUUCAAUAGAUUCUGAUUUUAAUGAUGAAGAUUUUAUAAUUACUGAAGUACAAUCAAGUAGGAAAAAUUCAAGUGUUAGUUCUACCAUAAGUAAAGAGAUAGUAUUGGAUAAAGAUGUUAAUUCUAAAGAUGAUAUCAAAGAAGAUUGUAGUAGUAUUGAUGAAUACUACCAAUUUCAAUUAAAAUCAAUAUUAAAAUCUGAACAACAAAGUCCGAAAUCAAAUAAGGUACCCAAAAAAGUUUCAUUUAAUUAUAUUAUAAAUACUAGGGAAAUUAUAAAUGGGAUUUCAUUUGAUUAUGAUUUUAUGGAUUAUGAUGGUUUUUAA